AUGGUUUCAACCUCAACAUUAUCCACACCAAAUAAGACUAAAUACUUUGGUAAAUAUUUCAACUCUAAAUCAAAUUGUGUAGAUUUCGAAUCAAUUAAAAAAUCAAUUCAAGAUCAAGUACAUUAUUAUUUUAGCAUUGAAAAUUUAUGUAGAGAUGUUUAUUUAAGAUGCAACAUGGAUAGUGAAGGUUGGGUAUCAAUUAAUUUUAUUUCAAGUUUCAAUAGAAUGAGAUCAUACGAUAUUUCAACAAUAAUUGACUCAUUGACAUCAUCAGAAUAUUUGCAACUUAAUAGCGAUCAAAAUAAAGUUAGAUUGGUUGCAGAGGAUAUGAGAAGUCUUUGGAUAUUACCUCAAGAAGUUAAGAAUGGUUUCUUAUCAGGUUUAAAGGCUAAGCAAGAAGAGCAACAACAAUCAGAUGAAGAGGUUGAGUCGGCUGAAGGAUGGAUUACUGUUAAAUCAAAGAGACUCUACAGAUCAGAAAGCAUUUCAUUAUCAAAGGAUUCAUCAAAUGAUGCUGAGAUUGAAGGGUUUGAACAAAAACAAGAGCAACAAGAAUUAUCUGUUAGUCAAUAUAAAUCUGAAGAGGGUUUCUUUGAUCUCAGUGAUGAAGAUGAUCAUCAAAAUUUCUUUGCUAAAGAAAGAAGAAAUUUUGAUUUUAGAGAAAGACCAGACCAAAUUCAAGACCAAGAAAUGAAAGAAGAGGAAAUUGUUGUUUAUCAAGAGGAAGAGUUUGAAACUCAACAACCAUGCUAUGGCAGUUAUUCAGAAAAGUCAGAAGAUAAUUUCUAUAACGAAUAUGAUGAUGAAGAUAUCAGUGAGGAUGACGAAAAGGAUAUUUCAAAUCAACUCAUUAUUGUUACACAAUCACCAUAUAAAAAGAAUAAAAUCAAUGGCAAAAAAUAUAUAACUGGUGAGAUUGCUUCAAUGAUUAAUGAUGGUCUUUAUUUCUAUGAACAAGAUUUAAAAAGAAAUAAACAAAAUAAAUUUGAAAAGUUCAAUACAAUUAUUGUAGAUGAUUCAACAACCACCACAAAGAAUAAAUCAUCAACUGUUGAACCAAAAUCAAAAUCAACAUCAUCAUCAUCAAACCAACCAAUUCAAAAAGAAAUCAAUGAUCUUAAAUCACCAACAAGACUUUAUUCACCAAAACCAAAGAAUACAUCAAGCGAUUCAAGUACACCAGUUGGUUGGGUUAUGGCUCCAAUUUCAGAGCAAUUAACCCCAGAAAAUAGUCCAUCAUCACAAAUUAAACCAGCUACUACAGCUGCAUCAGUAAUUUCAUCAGCCAUUGCUACUGGCAAUACAGCUUCUUCCUCUCAAUCAAAACCAAUUGGUCAAAAGAUUAAUGGUUCAUCAUCUGUCAAAUCAAAUAGUCCAUCAAGUACUACAGAAGAGGAUAGUACUAAGCAAAGUCCAUUCCCAUAUUUCCAACAUCCAUCAUACGAAUUGUUGGAAGAGAACGGUUUUAUUCUAAGCAAAUACAACAAGUACAAGAAUAAGUGUUUGAAAGAAAGAUCACGUUUAGGUAUUGGCCACUCCACCGAAAUGAACACUUUGUUUAGAUUUUGGACCCAUUUCCUUCGUACUCGUUUUAAUAAUAAAAUCUAUCAAGAGUUUAAGCAAGUUUCAAUCGAAGAUGCUAGAGAAAAUUAUAGAUAUGGUUUAGAGUGCCUCUUCCGUUUCUACAGUUAUGGUUUAGAAAAAAAGAUUAGACCAGAUAUCUUGAAUGAUUUCCAAGAUCUAACACUCCAAGAUUUUAAAGAGUUCAAACAAGUUUAUGGUUUAGAGAAGUUCUGGGCUUUUCUCAAGUAUCGUAAAGAUAAAACUCCAUUCGAAGUAAAUCAAGAAUUAAAAGAAAUCCUCAAUAAAUUUAAUUCACUCGAAGAUUUUAAAAAUUUCGAAAGAAUCAACAAACCAAUCGUAUCAAAUAACAAACUAUCGUCAUCAGUCCCAUCAUCAUCAAAUGCUUCAUCAUCAAAUAUGUCAUCAUCAGUUCCAUCAUCAAAGUUUAAUAUCAACUCAUCGUCAUCAUCCUCCUCAUUCAAUAGCAAAAAGAAAUUCCUCGGUAGUUCAUCUACCAAAAUGAAUUGGAAUACUAAAUUGACUACUGGUUUUAAUACCACUACUGCCUCUACCCAAUCAAAUGAAGGUAGAAGAGUAGGUAAUCCAUUUAGUUCCCUUUCAUCUGAUGUUAAAAAUGGCAUGUAA